CAGCCUCUUGCCCCUUUCUCGCUCCCUUCGCCGAAUCAGCGUCCAGCCAGCCAGCGCCUUCCUUCCCUCCCGGCGCUGGGCAGCCUACAGCCUCUCACUCUUGCUCCCGUCGCCUCAGCACCCAGCCAGCCAGCGCCUUCCCUCCCUCCCGGCGCUGAGCAGCCCACAGUCCACGCUCCGUGUUCUCCCUUCGCUCCGUGUUCCUCCCCGCCUCCAGGAUGGGUCGCCGGCCUCGUGGUGGUCUGCGGUGUGUGGCAGCGGUGGUGGUGGUGGUGUUCAUGCAAGUCCUGCCCGCCACGUCUGCUCCUGCCCCUGCCGGACAGGAGCCCAUCACGCCCUCGCCUUUUGGGGGGCAAGGGAACCAAGGCGGUUUGGACUACGGUGACUUCGAAGGCGGAGGCGGCGGCGCAGUCUUUAAUGGCUUGGAGGCCAAUAGAGCAAGCUCCGGAGCCCUCUUCAGCAAAGGAGUCGGGGCUGAGGUUGUGGCAUUCCAGUCCCCUCAUCAGUUCACCUUCAACGGCUAUCACGGCUACGGUAAGAACGGUUUCAACGGCGGCUACGGUAACAACCGCGGCUACGGUAACAACGGCUUUAACGGUUAUAACCAAGGCUACAGUAACAACGGCUACAACGGUUAUAACCGCGGCUACGGUAACAACGGCGGCCAACGUGGCUUCCGUAACUCCGGCUGUCAGUUUGGAUGUUAAUGGCUAUGACGGCUACUUCGGCUCCGGCGGCUACGGUAGCUACGAUAACAACGACGACCACGUGACAUUGGUGGCUUCGGUAACUUCGGCUGUCGGUGGGGACGUUGCUGGCUCAGGUCAAGAUCUAAAGGAAGAGAUUAUUUAGAUCUUGACUUAGGCCAGUCCGUCCAUGGCAGCAAGUGAUAUGGCUUAAUUUUAUGUUGUCUGCUUUUUUGUGUUUCUUUGUAUGUCUUGUAAUACGUUAAUGUUUUUCAGUGCAAUAAAGAACGUACACCCA